AUGGCUGCGCCCUUGCAGAAGUGCUGAAGAAGUGCCUCUCCGGAGAAACUUUCGGGAUUACGUGGGAUUUCCGCGAGCACCGUCGCGCCAAAUCAGCUCCGAGGGUCGCUGGCUUGUAGAAGGAGACCGCAGGAGCCCAGUCGUCGAUAAGAACGACCGGGGCUUCGCGUGGCUGUGGCAGACUGUCCGUGUGAAGAUGGGCCUCGUCUCCAGCCCCUUCCCAUAGCGAAUAGCCGUGGGGAGAGGAGCCGCGGAUUCCCCUGCAAACACGCACCCGUCCAGCUCGGCUUUGACGGGUUUGACAUUCUGUACCGGCUGUGGACGCUGCCCUACAACUUUCUCACCAGGAUUGUCUGUGCCACAGUGUCCGUCAUCGUUCGGAGACGCAGAGGUUCCUCAGCCCUGGUAGAUAACCCCACAGCACCGAGGGCCCUGAUGAAAAUGGACUCAGACUUGCUUCAUUCCCCAGCGGUUGGCCUCGCUGAGGAAGAGGAGGCCGACAUGAAUGACUGGAAGCUUCCCUUGGCCUUCAUGAAGAAACGCCACUCGGAGAAGAUCGAGGGCUCCAAGGCGUUAGCGCAGAGCUGGAGGAUGAAGGACAGGAUGAAGACGGUGAGUGUAGCGCUGGUGUUGUGUCUCAAUGUUGGAGUGGACCCCCCCGAUGUGGUCAAGACCUCCCCCUGCGCCAGACUGGAGUGCUGGAUAGAUCCUCUGUCGAUGAGUCCACAGAAAGCUCUGGAGACCAUCGGGGCCAACCUGCAGAAGCAAUAUGAAAACUGGCAACCCAGGGCACGUUACAAACAGAGUCUGGACCCCACAGUGGAUGAGGUGAAGAAGCUUUGCACGUCACUGAGGCGUAAUGCCAAGGAGGAGCGAGUCCUCUUCCACUACAACGGUCACGGGGUGCCACGACCUACAGUCAAUGGGGAGAUCUGGGUCUUUAAUAAGAACUACACCCAGUACAUCCCGCUGUCCAUCUACGACCUGCAGACGUGGAUGGGGAGCCCGUCCAUUUUCGUCUACGAUUGCUCCAAUGCUGGAAUCAUCGUCAAGUCGUUUAAACAGUUCGCCCUGCAGAGAGAGCAGGAACUGGAGGUGGCAGCCAUCAACCCAAGCCACCCACUCGCCCAGAUGCCGCUGCCCCCUUCUAUGAAGAACUGUAUCCAGCUGGCAGCCUGCGAGGCCAGCGAGCUGCUGCCCAUGAACCCUGACCUCCCUGCUGACCUGUUCACUUCCUGCCUCACCACGCCCAUCAAGAUUGCGCUACGAUGGUUUUGUAUGCAGAAGAGUGCCAAAUUGGUGCCAGGGGUGACGUUGGACCUCAUUGAGAAGAUCCCUGGCAGGCUCAAUGACAGACGCACUCCCCUUGGAGAGCUUAACUGGAUCUUCACAGCCAUCACCGACACAAUCGCCUGGAAUGUUCUGCCUAGAGAUUUGUUCCAGAAGUUGUUUCGUCAGGACCUGUUGGUGGCCAGCUUGUUCCGAAACUUCCUGUUAGCAGAGAGGAUAAUGAGGUCAUACAACUGCACGCCGGUCAGCAGUCCGCGCCUGCCCCCUACAUACAUGCACGCCAUGUGGCAAGCGUGGGACCUGGCUGUGGAUAUCUGCCUCUCUCAGCUGCCCACCAUCAUCGAGGAGGGCACCGCCUUCAGACACAGUCCUUUCUUUGCAGAGCAGCUGACAGCCUUUCAGGUGUGGUUGACGAUGGGUGUCGAGAACAGAAACCCUCCUGAGCAGCUCCCAAUUGUUCUGCAGGUCCUCCUCAGUCAGGUGCAUCGGCUGCGGGCUCUGGACCUGCUAGGGCGGUUUCUGGACCUGGGACCCUGGGCUGUCAGUCUGGCCCUGUCUGUAGGGAUCUUCCCCUAUGUGUUAAAGCUGCUUCAGAGCUCAGCCAGAGAGCUGCGGCCACUGCUGGUUUUCAUCUGGGCUAAAAUCCUGGCUGUGGACAGUUCAUGUCAAGCAGACCUGGUAAAAGACAACGGUCACAAGUACUUCCUGUCCGUUUUGGCCGACAGCUACAUGCCAGCUGAGCAUCGAACAAUGGCUGUCUUCAUACUGGCUGUUAUCGUCAACAGCUACAACACAGGACAGGAGGCCUGUCUGCAGGGCAAUCUGAUAGCCAACUGCCUGGAGCAGCUGUCAGACCCCCAUCCCUUGCUCCGUCAGUGGGUGGCCAUUUGCCUUGGUCGCAUCUGGCAGAACUUCGACCCGGCACGCUGGUGCGGUGUCCGAGACAGCGCGCACGAGAAGCUCUACACCCUGUUGUCAGAUCCCAUCCCUGAGGUGAGAUGCGCAGCCGUCUUUGCUCUGGGGACAUUUGUGGGAAACUCUGCUGAGAGGACAGAUCACUCAACCACCAUUGAUCACAACGUGGCCAUGAUGCUGGCCCAACUCAUCAAUGAUGGCAGCCCUGUUGUCCGCAAGGAGCUGGUUGUAGCACUGAGUCACUUGGUUGUCCAGUAUGAAAGCAACUUCUGUACAGUCGCCCUCCAGUUUAUAGAGGAAGAGAAGAACUACACAGUGCCCUCACCAGCUAACACCGCAGAGCCUGGUAACCUGACUCCAGUGAGGGACAGCCCGGCCAUCCCACGUCUGAGAUCGGUCAACUCUUAUACCAACAUCCGAGCUGCUACCACUGCCCGCAACCUGAACAAGAGUCUGCAGAACCUCAACCUCAAUGAAGAGGGUGGACCAGCAGCUUUCUCUCCUGGUAACCUGAGCACCAGCAGCAGUGCCAGCAGCACCCUAGGGAGCCCGGACAAUGAUGAGUACAUCCUGUCCUUUGAAACCAUCGACAAAAUGCGACGGGUGUCCUCCUAUUCUUCCCUCAACUCUCUCAUAGGUGUGUCCUUCAACAGCGUUUACACUCAGAUCUGGAGAGUGCUGCUACAUCUGGCAGCAGACCCGUUUCCUGAGGUGUCGGACCUGGCCAUGAAGGUCCUCAACAGCAUAGCAUACAAGGCGACGAUGAACGCUCGACCCCAGAGGAUCCUGGACUCUGGCUCUCUCACCCAGUCGGCUCCAGCCAGUCCUACCAGCAAGGGCACGCACAUUCAUCAAGCCAGUGGGUCCCCUCCCAUGCCCAGCACCAGCAGCUCCAGUUUGACCAACGAGGUGCCCAAACCCCCGGCAAGAGAGCAGCCAGCGACACGGCCCCCCUACACCCCAACACUGGGAGGACAAGCACCCCACUCCCACCAGUUUCCCCGCACUCGCAAGAUGUUUGACAAGGGACCAGAGCAGGCAGCUGAGGACGGUGACGAGCCGGGUGGUCACAGGAACUACAUCAGUGCUGCCCUCCAGACGGGCCUGUGUGAUUGGAGUGCAAAGUAUUUUGCUCAGCCCGUCAUGAAGAUCCCAGAGGAGCACGACCUGGAGAGCCAGGUGAGGAUGGAGCGACAGUGGAGGUUCCUGAGAAAUACUCGUGUGAGGAAACAGAGCCGAAUUAUCACGCAAAGAGGUGUCUCCCGUCUGGAUGAUCAAAUAUUCAUCAACCGUAACCCUGGAGUACCGUCUGUCGUGAAGUUCCACCCCUUCAACACCUGCAUCGCUGUUGCCGACAAGGACAGCAUCUGUUUUUGGGACUGGGAGAAGGGAGAGAGGCUCGACUACUUCUACAACGGAAACCCUCGUUACACUCGCAUCACAGCCAUGGAGUACCUGAACGGACAUGACUGUUCGUUACUGCUCACUGCAACAGAUGAUGGAGCGUUACGCAUCUGGAAGAACUUUGCUGACCAGAAGAACCCAGAGAUGGUGACAGCUUGGCAGGGUCUUUCUGACAUGCUGCCCACUACCCGAGGUCAGCCCUCAGCCAGCACUCACAGUCUUGCCAGAAGGGUCUCCAUAUAUCUUGACAGAAGUAAGCAGGGAGGUGCAGGUAUGGUUGUGGACUGGGAGCAGGAGACAGGCCUCCUCAUGACAUCUGGAGAUGUGCGAGUCAUCAGGAUCUGGGACACUGACCGGGAGAUGAAGGUCCAGGACAUCCCAACCGGAGCAGACAGCUGUGUGACCAGCCUGUCCUGUGACUCCAAGCGUUCACUAAUCGUUGCGGGUCUGGGUGACGGAUCUGUCCGUGUGUUCGACAGGAGGAUGGGUCCUAAUGAAUGCCGGGUGAUGACCUACAGGGAGCACGGAGCCUGGGUGGUCAAAGCUCAUAUACAGAAGGAGACAGAUGGGCAAGUUAUCAGUGUCAGUGUCAACGGAGACGUGCGAUUCUUCGAGCCCCGGACACCAGACUCCAUCAACAUGCUGCAGACGGUGAAGGGGUUAACAGCUCUGGACAUCCACCCACAGGCUAACCUGUUCGCCUGUGGAUCGAUGAACCAGUUCAUCGCUGUCUACAACGCUAACGGUGACGUGAUCAGCAACAUUAAAUACUAUGACGGCUUCAUGGGACAAAGGAUCGGGGCCAUCAGCUGUUUAGCCUUCCAUCCUAACUGGCCGCACUUGGCCGUAGGCAGCAACGACUACUACAUGUCCAUCUACUCCGCAGAGAAGAGACUCAGAUAACACACCAGCAUUCAUCGCACCCCUCCCUCCCCACCAAAACCCACACAUAUGACUUCUGCCCCCGAGCCUCCAGCUCUGGAUGUAAAUGACAUUUUUGUCGUUGUACAUAUGCAAUUACCACCCUGAAUGUUCUAGUGACGGCUGCUGACAAAAACUGCUACGACUAUAUAUAUUAUUAUUAUUGUCAUCGUUUAAUCACAUUCUUAUAAUUAAGCUAAUGAUUGUAGACCUGGCUGUGCAGAGGAGUGCAUAUAUUUAAAUAGCAUACACAGAAGAAGAGAGGAUCUAUUUUAAAGAAGUGGUACCCAGCGAUCACCAGGGCUCCUCGUCGCCGCACAGCAAGCACCAUUCCUGAACGAGCUGUGACCCCACAUCAGAUAUGGCGAGGGAGGGGUCUCCCGGAGGACGACACGGUUAAAACACAUUCACUGGUGCAGGAAACACGGACUGCUGGACCCUGGUGUGUUUAUACAUUUAUUUUAAUGGCUGACCCUCAGCCAAACUACGCGGAGGUUUGCUGUUUUGCUGCACCGCCAGCUGGACAGUUGUAAGGACACAGAGAAGUUGGACUGCACACAUUCUAUCCUGACACAUGGACAAGGAAGACAUGAUGAGUGUGUGUUUGUAUGUGUGUGUGUGUUAGUGUGUGUGUGUUAAUAUGAAUUAUAGCACAGAUGUGCCCCCCAGUGGGCCUUCAUAGCCUUGGGCUUGAUGCCUAAACAAGAGGCCUGCUCCCAUGCUCUCCCUCUCCCUCUGGCUUUCCUGACCCUAGCGUGCCAAACAUCAUAUUUUCCUUACCCGCCCUGUUAUUAUGGCUCAGAUGGGUGUUUUUGUUGCUUGGUUUGUUUUGUUUUUUAAAUAAUCACCUUUAAUAAGGGAAAACCUUGAUUGCCUCGAGGAUGAUACAUAACCUCAUGUCUAGCACAGAGAGAGGAGGUCUAGAUACAAAGCACCCAGUCAUCCAGGGAGCCUGCGGUUAGCUACCUGCUCUGCAAAGCAAUACAACUUUAACCUUCCUGCGAUUUAGCCUCAAGCCAAUAGAAACAUCAGCCAUCAGCCUCAUUCUGAAGGUGACAACAGCGUUGCUUGCAACAGUCAAAACACUGACCUGCAGGGCCCCAUGGUGCCACACUACAGCAUUACAAACAUCCCAUCUCCAUUCACAAUCAUGAAAUCAUUCUGAGAUAUACUGGGGUACAUUUCACCCCAUCAACAACACAUCAGUUACAGCUAAAAUAUCAAUGAAAUUGGUUUUUCUGUGAUUGUCUAAAGUUUCCGCCCAUCACUACGUCCAACACCACACUAUGUGGAAUCAAACAAUAAUGAAAGAAUCUCUGCAGACUCUCCCGGCCGACAGGCACUCUGCUACCAAAAGCUCAUUGCGUCACUAUUCUGGCUGUUGUGUGCUGGUCGGUUGGAAACGGGGAUAGAAAUUGACCCUGGCUGCUUGUUGCUAGUCUAACAGCAUUAAGGGUCAGCUUGUUGCUAGUGAAGACGCAGCCCUCAAAGCAUGCAGCACUGAAGGUUUAUAGAACUUGUAGUCGCACCAAGAAUCACCUGCCGCCUCAUAGUCUGGACUGUUUUUCAAUAUUCUGUGAGACUUGUAUUUUUUCCAAAUUUGAGUUUCUAUUUUGAUUUCAUGACCAGAUUUGUUUGUUGUUGCUUUUAUUUUCCUGUUGGAGGCAUGGUAUGUGUAUGCUGUUGAGGGGGGUGGAGUCACAGCUGCCCAUCUUUCCUAAACUCUCUAUACCUGUAAAGAAUCCUUUCUCUCAUUUCUUUUAGUUUUUAUAGUUUUUUUUGGGCAGUAUCUAAAUCAACUCUUCUCUUCUCUGGGCCUCAAGCUUUGCUUAUUUAGCAUUUUUUAACCCUUUUCUCUUUCGGUUUGGAAAUUGUAUGUUUUUAAAUCUGUUAGCAUUUCGUUUGCCAUGGCCUCAGUAAAUUGGCAGGAAGAAAAGAGUGGGGACAGCCUUACCCUCACGCAGACACACACAAGCACACACACACUAUCCUGCCAUGCACCCUUCCAUUCACAACAUGACCCCAACAUUCCCCCUCUCCUCCUUCCUUUCCUGCCACACCCACCUCUCCCCCUCAGUUUCCCAUCUUGCAUCCCAAGCUUAGCUUUUUCCCCUAAGAAGGAGUGGACUUGUGGACUCAGAGUGAACUGGGACGGACAGGUUGCAGUCACAGUCACCACCAUCCCUGAGCUUCCUCAGCCGGCCUCAGCUGCUGCACCGGCUCAGCCAACAUGGUCAAGGCCUUUGCUCAGACACACAUUCAUCUCCAAGCAUCCUGCUUUGAGUUUUAAGAUUUUAGACCUGGACUUUAACAAAUUAGUAAGAAAGGAACACUGAAACUUUUGACUGCUUUCCUGACUUUGGUUUAAAGGAUAGGAGAUGAAAUCAGUGAAAUAAACCAAAUACAGCACCGGA